AGCCUCCAGGGGUGGCGGUGUGACUGCCCUGCACCUAUUUAUUCAGAGCUACACAACUAAGAACAUAAGAUUUAAACCUUCCAAUGACAACUAUCAAUCAAACAUUACGCGCGCGGCUCCUUCUGCGGUUUGGAGAUUACCUGGGAGCUUGUAACCUAAAUUAAUGUGGGAGUGCCGUUCCACAGCAGAGUCUAAUUACACCUUAAGGGCCCCACCCGUGCUCUCUGUCCUACCUCAGGCAUUCAGAAGGAACAGGCCACUGUGACACUGGUCCCCAUAAGGUCACGGAGGAGACCCACGGUUAGACCACAGGAGGCGGACUCAGGCUAAUUAAAGAGGCGGUUGCUAAGCAACGAGGAGCAACAACAUCGUCAAAGGGAUCUGCUGCCAUACUGAUAGAGUGAGAGUGAAAGAGUGAGAGAGUGCGAGAGAGGGUGAAAGUAAGAGAGUGAGAGUGAAAGAGUGAGAGAGAAAGUGAGAGAGAUUGAGAGUGAGUGAAAGAGUGUGAGAGCAGGUGAAAGUAAGAGAGUGAGAGAAGGAGAGAGUGAGAUAGAAAGAGAGAGAGAGAGAGAGGGGGGGAGAUUCUGACUAAAGCAUGGCAGCGUUCACAACUCCCAGCUCCAGCAGGGUGAGCCGGGCGGCCCAGCCCAAGCCAGAGGCCCUGGGGCCGGGGCCAGGACUAGGGCAGAGCCAGGCCUCAGACACAGGCCUUACUGCCAUGCUGGAGAAGACCCAGGAGUUCUUCCUCAUCUGUGACAUGGAGGACAAGGGAUUCAUCACACGCAGAGACAUGCAGAGACUUGGCGGAGAGCUGUCUCUAAGCUCAGACGAGCUGGAGAACGUCUUUGACACGCUGGACGCUGACGGAAAUGGCUACCUCACACUGGACGAGUUCUCCUCGGGAUUCAGCCAGUUCCUGUUUGGCCGGAGGGUUUCUGGGGCAGAGGUGGGGGGAGAGCUGUACCAGAGCCGGGGGGGGGAGAAGCUGUCUGGCAGUGAGGAUGAGGAGGAGAGACAUUUCUGCAUGCUGAUGGACAGCCUGGGAGCCAGCAACGUAUUCCAGGACCCUGGGGAAGUGCGCAGUCUCUGGGCCCAGGUGCGUAGGGACGAGCCGCACCUUCUCUCCAACUUCGAGGAGUUCCUGGCCCGGGUCACCUACCAGAUAAAGGAGGCCAAUCAGGAGAAGAGAGACAUGGAGAGCGCCCUGAAGAGGAAAGCUGCCACACAUGAUGAUGAAAUUCAGCGCCUGUAUGAAGAGAUGGAACUGCAGAUCACAUCCGAGAAGGACAGGGCGCUCCUGCAGGACUCAGAGCGCUUCCUGUCCCGCAGACAGGACCUGGAGACCCAGCUGACCAACAAGGAGCAGGAACUGCAGCUGCUCUUCAGGAAGGAGAGGAGGUUGGACCUGCAGUGUCAGGAGCUGCAGAGUAAACAGCAGGAGAGCAGGGUGGAGAACGUGAAACUCAAACAGACCAAUGAGGGGCUGCAGAGGGAGCUCAGACACACCAGCCAGGAGCUCCGCCUCACCCAGGAGCAGCUGUGUGUGCUGCAGGAGCAGUCCUCUCGCCUGCACCAGGAGAGAGAGAUGGAGCUGUACAGAGUGACAGAGGGGAUGCAGAGAGAGAGAGCCACUCUACUCAAACAGCUAGAGCUCCUCAGGGAAAUGAACAAACACUUGCAAGACGAACGGGACGUGUGCUACCUGAAUUCGCAGAAAAGACAUUCCCGCAAGCAGAGGCCUGGUUUAGGCGCUCUGAAAAGCACAGAGAGGACACAGAGAGGAAGUGAGGAAGAGGAGGAGAUCCCCCCGGCCUCCAGCACGUGGCGCUCAGAGGACGCGACUGGCCAGGACCUGGUGGUGAGCCAGGAGGGCGGGGCCGUGAGGAACAGGUGGGGCCAGCAGCCACUGCAGCGAAUCAUGUCCAUCGAGGAAGACCCCCUCCCUCAGCCGCUACAGCCCGGGUACGAGGCCCAGCUGCAGGACUGGAGCGAGGACGAAGAGGAGGAGGAAGAGGAGCGCACUGACCUGGAGACGAGCCGCAUCCGUCCUGCCACCGCCACCACCGUCCCGGAUGCUCCACUGCACCCCCUGCCCGCCGGGCACAGGGCCGCCCCCCUCACCCGCAGGGACACUCCCCCAUCUCCAAGGGGACAGCCUGUCGGCAAGGAAACCAUCCAGCAUGAGGAGGCGGCAGUGACCUGCACACCAGACCGCCUGUUCAAGGUAGUGCUGGUGGGGAACUCCAGCGUGGGCAAGACCUGCCUGCUGCGCCGUUUCUGUGACAACUGUUUCCAACCGGGCACCAUCGCCACCGUGGGCAUUGACUACAGUGUGAAGACAAUAACAGUGGAGAACAGCCAGGUGGCGCUGCAGAUGUGGGACACAGCAGGACAGGAACGGUACCGCAGCAUCACCAAGCAGUUCUUCCGCAAGGUGGACGGCGUGGUGGUCAUGUAUGACAUCACCGCUGAGCAGAGCUUCACCGCAGUGAGGCAAUGGCUGAGCAGCGUGCGGGAAGGGGCAGGAGACGACAUUCCCAUCAUGCUCCUGGGGAACAAAACGGACAGGCCAGGCGAAAGGGAGGUGGAGACUGGAGCGGGCGAGAGACUGGCCAAGGAAUCCCACUUCAUCUUCUACGAGUGCAGCGCCUUCUCUGGCCACAACGUCACAGAGUCCAUGACUCACCUGGCUAUGAUUCUGAAGGAGCAGGAGGACAAAGAGAAGGAGAAGACAGUGCAGUUGGUGGGCGAUGCCCCCAAAAAACGUUCCUGCUGCUCAAGACAGUAGAGCCCCCCCAGACCCCCCCGGUCUGCAGUCACAUCUCCUCCAGUCUCGGACACGCACGCACGCACACACACACGCACGUAUGCACGCACACAGUGUGCAGUAAAGCAAGCUGCUUCAGAACAGCCAGUGAAGCCAAAAAGCAUGCCAUGAUCACUUCCAUAUGGAGAAGAGAGCUAACACAGGCCACACAGGCUAACACAGUUAAACUGUACAUAAAGGAUCUUCCUCUGACUCAUGUCUGAGCUAGCUUCACUUAACGCACUGCCAGGUGAAGAGAACAGGCGACUGAUAGCGCAUACCUGUGUGGACCCUUCUACAGCACAGAGCGCAUGCCUGUGUGGACCCUUCUACAGCACAGAGCACAUGCCUGUGUGGACCCUUCUACAGCACAGAUCACAUACCUGUGUGGACCCUUCUACAGCACAGAGCACAAAGCCUGUGUGGCUACAGCACAGAGCACAUACCUGUGUGGACCCUGCUACAGCACAGAGCACAUACCUGUGUGGACCCUUCUACAGCACAGAGCACAUACCUGUGUGGACCCUUCUACAGCACAGAGCACAAAGCCUGUGUGGCUACAGCACAGAGCAGUGACAUGCAGAACAUUAGGACUGGACUUUACAAAUGGGGACAAGACGAGCAAAAGAUUCUCAAAUUGUGUAUUUAUCUGCAAUCAAUUUCUCUACUUCAGUAGUCGAUUGAUAAAGUAGCAACUAUUUCUUUAUCUGUUAAUCUCAGAAUUAAAAUCUAACACUAAAUCCAAGUAACAGAAUCAAUUUCAUACACCAAAUUUAGAGCUCUACUAUCUUCACACACAGUUCGGCUAAAGCAGCACGCACAGUUUGGCUAAAGUAGCACACAGUUAGGCUAUUAAUUUAUGAGCGUGGUAUUCAUUCAACAGUCCGUCCAUCCACAAAAUUGGUUUGUUCAUUUAAGUUUCUCAUUGUGUACAACCAUCAGAACGGUACUAGAAAAAAGGACUGUUUGAAAUUCAGCACACUAAUUUCACUGAAUGUCCAUGCAGCUGGCUUGACUAUCAUCUCCAUAUCAAGUCCCUAAUUAUAUGUACAGUUCUCCAUACAAAAAUGUUUAUUAAUAACAUAUCAUUUAAGGUCUGCGGGGUGUUAUAUUUAAGUACGGUGUAGGCCUACUGUUUAGAAUGAACUGUGUAUUGUAUUUACUGUUGUGAGUGAUAUGGUGAUUUACAAGUUAAUUUGUGUUUAUAAUCCUUAAAGUCAGAAUAAAUGGCAAUUAUCACUGUC